AUGGCUCAGCUUCCAAUGCGGUUUCCAUGCUGGUGCCGAGCAGUAUAUUCCUGGGGUGGAGAGACUACACGAGAUCUGGGAUUUGUGGAGGGUGACUUAAUCGAAUGCUUGAAUGCAGGCGAUGGACAAUGGUGGAUGGGUCGGUUGCGCCGUGACAGGCGCGCGGUCGGACUGUUCCCGUCAAAUUUUGUUGAGCUUCUGAGUGAAGACUUUGUGCCUGUCAGCCGUGAUACUACUAGUCCAAUGGUGCUAGCGGGAUCUUCUCCGAUAAAUAAUCCCACAUCAGCUCCCAAGAAACAGAAGACCGUUUGGCGGAAACCGUUCCAGGCGCAUAAGGAAGCAGUAUCGCCAGCUUCCGUCGCUCGGCGCGCAACCGCCUCUAGACCAGCGGCACCCCCGAUUCCCCAACCACCCCCUCGGGAUGGCGGCAUUCCACGAAGUACGAAGCCAUUGCGCACGCAUGCGACAGCAGUCAAGAACCAAGGCUCACUAUCUCGGCCCACAUCAUCCGCAUCGCGGCCUUCUUCACGCGGUGUCUCUCCUCGUUCGUCUGCGGAGCCUGAACGGUCGCCAUCGAUGCUGCCGAGAGGAAAUACCUCAUCUUCUCGGCCUUCAUCCCGCGAGCAAUCUCCAUUACAAGCCCAGGAACGUUCAUAUGGGAGGUCGUCGAAGGGCAGCAUCUCAUCUACUCGGCCUCUGUCCCGCAAUCCGUCCCCCUUGCCAAUACACGAAAAUUCCCCCGGAAUAGUCCCACAAGGCAGUAUCUCAUCUUAUCGGGCUUCAUCUCGUGAGCCAUCUCCAUUGCAAAUACAGGAUUAUUCGCCCUCGACCAUGCCACAUGGCAAUAUUCCAUCCUACCGGGGCUCCUCGCGUGAGCCAUCUCCAUUACAAAUGCAAGAAUACCCGCCUCCCACCAUUCCUCAUGGGAGUAUCUCAUCCUAUCAGGCAACAUCGCGUGAGCCAUCUCCAAUGUAUAUGGAGGAUCAUCCACCUGCGACGAUGCCGCAUGGCAGUAUGCCAUCAUACCGGACCCCAUCGCCGUUACCAAUGCAAGAUCAUUCAUCUGCGAUGGUCCCCUACGGGCGUAUCCCAUCUUACCGGGCUCCAUCUCCACUGCCAAUGCAGGAGCAUUCUAUGAUGGAUUCACAUGGUGGUAUGUACCGGCCUCCUUCACGUGGACCUUCUCCAUUGUACAUGCAGGACCAUCCACCUGCGCCGAUGCCACAUGGAAGUAUGUCCUCCUAUCGGGAUCCAUCACCGUUACCAAUCCAGGAAUAUCCAUCCGCGCUGGUCUCUCGCGGGGGCAUGUCAUCUUAUCGGGUUCCGUCUCGUGAGUCGUCUCCAGUGCAUAUGCACGAAGAGAGAGAAGACUCUCCCCCUCCACCUCCCCCACCGCCACACCGAGUCAUCAUCGGUCGUAGGGACUCCCGCUCUCCUCAGCAGCCAAUGCAUUCUCAGACACGAAGUCAUUCACCGCUACCACCAAUGCACUCAUCCCAGUACCGCACACCCUCUCCUCAGCCGCCAUCACACUCUCCAAACCCAUCACGAUCUCCCACGCCAUUAGUUAUGAAUGAUCGCUACGACAUAUUCGAUCGUACCCCGUCACCGUCUGUAGCCUCAAUGCACUCCGCUGUUUCUGAGACACAAUCAGACAUCCAUGGAAACACACCAUCUCCGCUGCGAGAUGCCAUGGAAGAUGUCAUGACUUCCUUGGAAGACAUGGGUCUCGCUCGCCACGCCCAGUCGCCUUCACCCUCUCCAGUCUUCAACAAUCCCUGGGCCCCUGAAGCAUUUGACACCUCACACGAAAGGACUCCCCAAGGUAACAGACGCCGGCCCUUGACGUCGAUGGGCUUUGAUGGAGAUAAAGAGCAACCACAGGGCGGACUCACCCACCGCAACAGCGUUUACAGUCACGACCACAUGGAUGGUCCGCCUCAACUGAACAAUUAUGUCCAAAGAAUGGAGAGCCGUCUACGUCAGUUGGAAAGUCAGAAUCGACCGUCUGAGGGUCAAAGAGCUGGCCAAGACGACGACGACGGACCUCCUCCCCCUCCUCCAAAACACGCCACUUACCACCCACGAAAUAAUUCUAUACCAGGACAAUAUGCUCCCCUCAAGGCCCGGCGCUCCGGCCAUGACCUUCGGGGCGGUAUUCUUAACAGGUCAUUUACCAAUAAAUCUAGUGCCACCAAUUCAUCUAGUGGGGUGCAAAGUAAUGGCACAUCCAUGACGACGAGCACAGACAAGACGAGCCAAAGUGUUAUGAGCGGUUUCUCUGCGGGCGGAUUUAGUGCUACGAGUGCAGGGAGCUUUGCUAGGCGAGGCGGGCAUGAAAUGCCGAAUACAGCUAUGGACACCGUCCGCUCUCGAGGGUUCAGUGACGUACGCCCGGAGACGCCUUUCACUGGUGUUUCAUACCACUCUAGUCAUAACUCGUCUCGUCAGGGUGCAUCGUCGGCUAUUCCAUGGUCGUCCACCGGUCUAGACUCAACGGAUCAUAGCGGAGUCUUUGGUGGUCUCUCUACGCCAAAGAGCAAAAAGCAAGGGUUUUUCAAGAAGAUAUUUGAAACAGCCAAGACUGGUGCAGCCAGCGCAAGGAGUAGCAUUUCGGUCGGCCAUGGGGAGAGAUCAAAUUCUCCAACUAAAAGCAUCAGAGGAAUAGACGCCGUGUCACCGGGUCUUACGUCUCACUCAAAUCGUGAUAGUGGCCGUGAUAUGGGCCUCGGAACUGUUGACUGGGUCCAGGUGCGCCGAGAUGUUAACCGAGCGUCGUCUCCUAGUCGAAAUGAGAGGAUCGACAGGGCAGAACGAUGUCAGAUGGUGAAUCACCCUGUUAUCUAUUCCGUGGAAGAGCUAUACGAUACCGCGGAGGGUGAUGAAAGCAUCGAUGGGCAACCGAUCACUGAGCCAACCAAUUUCCACGCGGCAAAUCUCACCCUCGUUGAUAAAAGUGCACGCUUCAUCAGCAGCCUACCUCCGAUGACAAAUCCUAUGAGCCUCGCACAAGCCUAUAUUUGUCGACCCUACAAGAGUGAUGUUCAGCGUCUUCGAGCCAUCUUUACAUGGGUCAGCGAGAAAAUUUCGUGGGAAGAACCUGUCGACGGUAUUGAAGUUGAUAUGAAGAGACUUCUACAGGCCAAACGAGGUACCCCGGAGGAAAUCGCACUAUUGGUGCAUGAGAUGUGCGCAGCCGUUGGCCUGCAUACAGAAAUCAUCCAUGGAUUCCUUAAGAGCCCCGGCGACUCCCUUGAUCUAGAAAGCCUCUCCCGUCCCAAUCACUGGUGGAACUCUGUCCUAGUCGAUGGUGAAUGGCGCUUUAUGGAUUGCGCACUUGCAAACCCCACGAACCCUCAACGCAGUAAAUUCGUUUCUAACAACUCUUCCGUAGCGGAGAGCUGGUACUUCCUUACGCGCCCACUUGAUCUCUGCUACACCCAUGUCCCGAUGUAUCCGGAAGAACAACACAUCUGCCCGCCAAUUUCACCAGAUGUUCUGCUCACCCUGCCCACCGUGUGCCCGCCGUUCUUCAAGCUUAACGUGCAGAUACCAGAUUAUGACACAAGUAUGAUCCGUAUCGACGGAUUGGAGGUCAUGCAAGUACGCAUGGUAGUCCCUGCAGAUGUUGAAUGUGCAGCGGAAGUCGAAGCACCGGGAUUCGCCCGUGACGCAGAUGGCGAUUUCUUCGAAAGCGGAGACAUUGUCCGCAAGCGUGCCUUGGUCCAGCCCGAUUGGGUCCGCGGCCAAAAACGCAUCACAAUCAAGGCUGUACUGCCAGGCGACGAAGGCCAGGCCGUGUUGAAAAUCUAUGCAGGCAAGAAAGGGCUGAUGCACUCAAGCCGAGACAUCCCCCACCCCUUGGCCUUAGCCCUACCAAUUCUCCACACCGGAGAGAAUCCUUCUUAUGAAUUUGUGCUGCGCCAUCCUACACCCCACGCCCAGCGACACGACUUGUACAUUAUGCAGCCUCAAUGCUCGCGCCUCGCAGUCAACAAUACCUUCGUCUUCGCUGUCCGGCAACACCCUGCUGCUCCCGCGUCCGCCAAGGAUGAGACUUCCAAUGGCCGCGGCUCGCCCUCAUCUGUCUUCACUCGUCCGUCCAGUGCAUUGAGCAUGGUGUCCAGCACAGCGGGCGGCUCGACUGUAUCGGGUGCUUCUAACGAAUUCUCAGCGUCGACCUCGGCCAUUUCAUCGACCAGGUCCACCUCUGGACGGGACAAGGCUGCGAAAUUAGCCAUCCAGUCCCCGUCCGGCAAGAUCCUUCGUCUCACCCGUAAAGCUGAACACAUGAUCAGCAGUGAUACUGGCACCGAAUCUCUCACCGAUGCUGUUGCUGAGGGCAGUGUUUGGGAGACUGUCAUUAAGAUCGGCGAGCGUGGUAUGUGGCGCGGUCUUGUGCUGGCUGAUCGAGCUGCGCGCUGGUGUGUAUUUUGCGAGUGGGAGUGUGUUUAA